UAGCGUAGACUAUAAAAAAAUGGGGUGUUGGAUAAAAUCUAAGAGAAAAAUUACAAUUUUUUGUCAAUUAUUUAAAUAUUGACAUAUUUAGCUUUCAACAGGAAGUUUUGAGGCUAGUUAAUAGUCAGGAAGUCGAGAUAAAUCGUACAAAUCCGUUUAAAUAGCCAACAAUACAAUUUAAUAGCGACAGCUAGCCGCGAAUAUCAAUUUUGCAUUUUAUCGGUAAACAUUAAUUAGUGUUUUGUCAGAAUUUCUCACGGUUAGACCGCUUGGCUGCGGUGAAAGUGUGCUAUGAGGAACUUCGAGAUUUUAAUUUUAAUAAUUUGUGCUGUAACCAUCACCUAUUCUACGAAACAUGAUAAAAAGGGGAUAAAAAAGAAACUACCAAAAAUAACAAGUGAGAAUUUAGAGGAAGAAGCAAAAAUCGAUAUAGCCUCCCUUUUAAAGGAUUCUAAAGUAAACGCUGUGCGCAAUGACGGUCACAAUGAUGCCGAUUACAUUUCACCAAUACGAGAACACGAUCCAAUCACAGCCAGAACGCAAGGCAAACAAAGUUCGCAACUCAUCGAUCAAAUAAACAAGCUAAUAAACAAAGUAGACAAUUCUGCACAAAGAAAAGGCUUUGACAGAGACAAUGAGAAAAAUAAACAUGUAAAGUGGUACGAAGACGAGCGGGAAUGGGAUAAAGAGAAAACUUUAAGAAAUCGGUACCAUCAGUUCAUGAAAAGUUUAGCCGUCAGCCACAGAAACUCAGUGAAAAACAGAGUCGACGAUUUCUUAGACGUUGGUGUAACCGAGGGUGAACCUGGAAAACUAUUCCUUCCUAAAGUACAACAUAUGAUGAAAAAAAUGGACUUAGAUCACAGGGGUGUGGUCAAAGAACGAUAUAUAGAUGACGAUUCGUCCGGCUUGAGAUUGAGAUCAUCUGAUGACGUAAUUGAGGUCAUCACCCAAAGAUUUGAUGACACAAAAAAAUUACCACCGGUGGAGAAGAAUAAUAAUGCGGCAGAAGUUUUUUUGCCCACGCUUGCAAGUAAAAGAGAAGAGGAAGACGUUCUUUUCAGUGAUCUGAUGGGUGGCAAUCUGAAGGUCAGUAAGCGUGGCCCGCAGAUAGACAAGGCACCAACACCGAAUGAAGACUUAAACUUCAAUUUGGUUCUUCGAACAGGAUCCCUAUUAAACGAUAGCCCAGGCAAAACCCACCGCUUCGACGAUCGCUUCAGAAGAUCCGCGUUUACUCAAGCAGGCUACACGCAAGACCCUGACAUUUGUAAAACAUACAACGAAAACCUCAUGAAACUCUGGUCGAACUUGUCUAAACUCUUCAAUGUCACAGACACACCCAACGAACGGGCCCUACAUAACAUAGCCAUCAUGAUACAAGCAUACUUAGAUCAUCAAAACGCUAAACAAACCACAGAAACAUACAAAGUCAAAGUGGAACCACCACGAGACAGAACAGGAGAAAUAAUACUUAAAGUUAAAAAAAUGGUAGACGACGAUGAGGCAAGUGCUAAAGCGAUAUCAAGACUUAUCAUAAAGAACAUGAAACCAUUUUACGAUGAUGUUGAAAAUUCAGAAUGCCAAAAGAUGAACGAAGAAUCUCUCACGUCAUCAGUCGAUUUGCUAUAUAGGACUUAUUUGGAGAAUUUCGACUGUCGCAAUGAAGACGAUGGCAGCGGUUUGAUUCUGAGAAAACGCGGGGGCAAGAAUAUUCAGACAUUGAAUAGUAAAUGGCAAACAACAAACGAUGAUGAUAGACCAGCCGUUAAAUCUAUACUCGGCGAAGAUGAACUAUAUAAAGAAAUAACUAAAGGGCAAGUGCCUAGACAAAGACCCGGUAGAAAAUUUAGAAGAAUAUUCAGACGAAGCCAGACUACCAAUAACGGUCUAUUUAGGAGCACUGCUAAGAAUGUGAACGGUAGUGAUAAACCAAAGCGGGUAAGGUUACAUGCCAAGCCCCUCGCUAAAAAACUAAGGAAAAGUUUGCUUAAAACAGAGAUGGAUAAUAAAACUAGAUGUGAAAGAUUUGCCAUCCGUAAAUUGUCAGUGUCUUUGCGGCCGGUAAUAGAUCGUUUUAUGUCACUUCUCGAAUGUGAACUUGAUAAUACUUUGAGAUCAUUAAAGCAUGAGAAAGUACCUACAACUCCUUACAAUUUAUAUGCGACUGUAAAAGAAUCCUAUAAGACCGAGAAGCCUUCAUUGCGACAAUUGAAAACUCGAAAAGAUACAAGUCAAAGCUUAGAUCAUGUCACAAGAAAAACUGAGAUAAGAAAUCGGUACGAUAUGUUAACCGAUAACGAUAAUAGUUUGUACGAACAGACUGAUGAAUAUCCUUCUUCAAAACAAAUCAGUGCUGAAAGAAUAACGGGAAACGAUUUUAUGUCAUCCAUAGUCGACAGCUUCAAAGUAUCUGACAAUGAUAGAAGCGAUGGCGAUAAUAAAACAAAUGAUGACGCGAUGUUUAAUGACGACAGAUCUAAUAAUAAAAAAGCUGAAUCAAAAGUAAAAAAUAGAGCAGAUGACGAUAGAGAAAUAUCUUUUACAGAUUUACUUCCCGAAACUGGGUUAAUCUCAAGGAACCAAGAGAAAGCAUUGAGAUCGGCUGGUAAUGAAAGCCCAACAGAAAAUGUAACGGAAGCGGACAAUCCUGAUAAAACAAAUUUGCGAAAUGACGACAGAUUCAACUUUGGUAACUCAAACCAAAAUCAAGGUGCAGUCAACAACUAUGAAGAUAUCAAAAAAUUUCUAAAUAAUGCCCGCGAUGCGUCGCUCAAGACACCAGAGUUUGCCGUCCCAUUCGCUCUCGACACUAGCAGAGGGUACGUAGAACUUACACAUUUAGUGAAGUAUCCCAAAGUCAUUGUAUACCGUCCUCAGUUUAUAGUGAAAAACACAAUGCCUUAUGACGACUUUCUUAAGACAGUAAAUAACUUUAACAUGACUAAUGACGAAGUACGACUUAUGAAAAUAGUGAGACAUUUACCUGACAAUACAGUAAAAGUUUUGUUUGAAACAACUGACUUUGAGGCGCCUUUAGAGGUCCGUAACUUUAGGGAGACGAGAAGAUGGGGUCUUCCAUUGUCAACUAUUAAAAAUCUUUCACAAGGUUCAACUGACACUGGAGGUUUAAGACAGAUAAAGGAAAAUGACAAAUUGAAUGACAGUAAUGAUAAUAAAGAUUUUGACGACUAUGUUGACGAUCAGACGAACAGCAAACACGACAAAAUCGAAGCAGGCAAGUACUUCUUUAAUGACAAAACAAUCGGACGACAGCUGACUUUAAAAUCUAUGAUUGAUCUACCUUCGGAUUCUAACUAUCAUACUGCCUCAGAAUCAAAAGAUCGAUUGUCAAUUCCAAGAACAGGUCUGCUAUCGUCCUUCAGACCUGGGACACGGACUUCAGAAAUACCUACAGGCUCUGAUAUAGCUUCAAGUUUUUAUAACAUAGAAUCAGGAUCAGACCCAACAAAUAAGCUCUUGUCAAAACUGAAUUCAAUCGACACAGUCCAAGCCAAUGCAUUUAUAAAUAAUUUAUUAUCUACUUUCGCUUCACAACCUGGUCUACACGUAGAUUCAAGUCUAAAUCCAGAAUAUAUUCCAAGCGAUCCCAAAUUAGAUGCUGAGUUUUACUCUCAAUUACUUGACCCAAACACAUAUUUGACUCAAACAAAUUCUGAAGAAAAAGCAAUCAAUACUCAAAAGUUCGGGUUGGAUUAUAUAAAGUAUACGGCGGAUCCAUCGUGGUGGAUCAAGUUGAAAACCGUGUUAUUAAAGCGAAUACAGGGAAUAAUUACAAGAAUGUCAUCACUUGCAGACAACAUUGAAACGACAUAAAAACUUCUGAACAGACAAGGAUAAUGUAGA